UCUGAGUGAGUGUAUGUGUGUGUGUGAGAGUGCAAAAAAUGGCAGAAGCCAGUAUCUCAGUAGCUCAUAAUCAGUUCAACUGUCCACUGUGUUUGGACCUUUUGAAGGAUUCUGUGACUCUUCAUUGUGGCCACAAUUACUGUAAGGUGUGUAUUAAUCGCUUCUGGAAUAAAGAGGGUGUGAGGAGAGUCUACAGCUGCCCCCAGUGUAGAGAGACUUUUGCUUCAAGACCUGUUCUAUGCAGAAACAACAUGCUGGCUGAAAUGGUGGAGAAACAAAAUAAGGCUGAACUCCAAGCUGCAUCUCCCGCUCAAUGUUACGCUGGACCUGGAGAUGUGGAGUGUGAUUCCUGCAUCGGAAGAAAACGCAAAGCUGUUAAUUCCUGUCUGGUGUGUCAGGCAUCCUAUUGUGAAGACCAUCUUCAGCCUCACUAUCAGUCUCCUGCCUUUAAGAAGCACAAGUUAGUGGAAGCCUGUGCAGAUCUCCAAGAGAAGAUCUGCUCUCCGCAUGACAAACCGAUCGAGAUCUACUGUCGUACUGACCAGAGCUUCAUCUGUUACUUGUGUGAGAUGGAUAAACACAGAGGCCAUGACACUGUUUCAACUAAAACAGAACGAACUGAAAAACAGAAUGAACUAAAGGAACAACAGUUGAAAUCCCAGCAGAGGAUCAAGGAGAAGCAGAAAAAAGUGCAGGAGCUGAAACAAGCUGUGGUCGCUUUUAAGAGGCGUUCACAGGCAGCAGUAAAUGACAGUGAGAAGAUCUUUACUGAGAUGAUCAGCUUCAUGGAAAAAAAGCGCUCAGAGGCGACAGAGCUGAUCAAAAAUCAGGAGAAAGCUGAACUGGGUCGAGCUGAACGACUCCUGAAGCAACUGGAGCAGGAGAUUGCUGAUCUUAAGAGGAGAGUCACUGAGCUGGAGCAGCUUUCACACACACACGAUGACAUCCACUUCCUCCAGAGUUUCCCGUCUCUCUGUGUUUCCCCUGGAUGUGAGGACUCACCCAGCUUCACUGUCAAUCAACAUCUCACAUUUGAUGGAGAGAGGAAAUCUCUCUCAGAUCUGAAAAAACAAGUAAACAAAGUCUGUCAGAAGGAAUUCAACAACAUCCGUCCACAAGCUGCAGCGUUAUUUCAGAUACUCCCUUUACAACUGAAAAGUAGAAAGGAUUUUCUACAGUAUUUUAGAUUUCUCACUUUGGAUCCCAACACAGCACAUCCUGCCCUUAUUCUGUCUGAGAUGAACAGAUCAGUAACAAACAGUUGGACAGAACAGCGACACAUUAACCAUCCAGAGAGAUUUGACUCCUGGACUCAGGUGUUGUGUGAGGAGAGUGUGUGUGGACGCUGUUACUGGGAGGUGGAGUGGAGCGGUGAUGUGUACAUUUCAGUGUCAUAUAAAGAGAUCAGCAGGAAAGGACGGGGUUAUGAGUGUAGGUUUGGAUUUAACAAUCAGUCCUGGAGUUUGAUGUGUUCUCAUCCCUCUGUCUCUUUCUGGCAUAACAAGGUUAACACACUGAUCAGAGGUCCAGCGUCCUCCAGAAUAGGAGUGUAUGUGGAUUACAGUGCAGGAAUUCUGUCUUUCUACAAUGUCUCUAACACAAUGAGUCUUCUCCAUAGUGUCCACACCACAUUCACUCAGCCUCUGUACGCUGGGUUCUGGGUAUCAAGUAGUUAUACCUCAUCUGUGAGGUUGUGUGAUCCAAAAAUAGAAAUGUUAUUUAACUGA